AUGAAGCAUGAAAAGAGGAAGUGGAGGGAAACUAGUUCUUUUGUGCUCCAAGAGGAUAUGGUUGGUAGGGAGGGAACCAAGAAGGACAUCAUUGAUUUGUUGUUGCAUGAUGAUAAUAGCCAUCAAAAUGUUUCCUUGGUUGCUAUUGUCGGCCUUGGAGGUUUGGGUAAAACUGCUCUUGCCCAAUUGGUGUACAAUGAUGCUGACGCGAAGCGUUUCUUCGACAAGCGAAUGUGGGUGUGUGUUUCCGAAGACUCUGAUGUAAAGGCGCUCGUGAAACGGACACUCGAAUCACUACUUGACGAAAAACAGGACGAUCAAUCAUUAGAACUACUUCAAAAUAAGCUUCAACGAAAUUUACCUGGCCAAAAGUUUUUGCUAGUUUUAGAUGAUGUUUGGGAUGAUUUUCCUCGGAUGUGGGAAGAGUUUAAGAAGUUUUUAAUGUGUAGUGCUGAGGGUAGUCGGAUUUUGUUGACUACGCGCGAUCAAGCGGUAGUCAAUAGAGUGGGCGUAAAAAUGCCAUAUCGUUUGGAAGGAUUGAACAAUGACCAAUCUUGGACUCUGUUAAAAAGAUUGGCAUUUGACGAUGAUAAAAUAAUGACCCAAAAUUUGGAGUCUAUUGGCCAAAAAAUUGCAGCAAAAUGUAAGGGCGUUCCACUGGCACUAAGAGUGAUGGGAAGUUUGUUGCACUCAAAAUCGCGGGAAAGUGAAUGGGAAGAUCUCUUAAAAGGUGACUUUUGGAAGCUACGUGAUGAUAAUGAUUCAAUUAUGCCAAUUUUAAAGUUGAGUUAUGACAAUCUGGCAAUUGAAUUAAAACAAUGUUUUGCUUAUUGUUCUAUAUAUCCAAAAGAUUGGAUAUAUAAGAAGAAUGAAUUGAUUGAUAUGUGGAUGGCACAAGGCUUCCUCGAAAAUAAAGAAGAGGAACAAUGGCUAGAAGACAUCGGUGAAGAGUACGUUCGUAUUUUGUUGAUGAAGUCAUUCUUACAAGAUGUUAAGAUGGACGAAUUAGGAGAAAUAAAAUACUUUAAAAUGCAUGAUUUGAUGCAUGACCUGUCCCAAUCAGUUGCUAGCUCUGACCUAUACAUUGAUGGAGGAAAAAAUGUUGCAAGGUGUCCUAUACAUGUUUCUUUUAAAAAUUAUAACUCCAAUAGUUCACUAAAUGUGCUGGAUCUAGGUAGAUUGAGAACCUUUCAUCAAAUAGACGCUGACUUUGAAGGGGAUCCACAUAAUUUUUUUGUGUUCAAACGCUUACGAAGUCUAGAUUUGUCAUUCUGUGGCAUGAGAUAUUUGCCUGAGUCAAUAGGUAAAAUGAGACAUUUGAGGUAUCUUAACCUCUCUUGUUGUGAUAAAUUGACUUGUUUGCCCAAGAGUGUGAGUAACUUAGUCAAUUUGCAAACAUUGAGAUUGCAUGCGUGUCAUAAUCUUAAAUUUUCUGGAGAUAUUAUCAUAAAGUUGAUAAACUUGCGACAACUUGAUAUAGAAGGUUGCAAAGCCCUUGAUGAUGGGAUGCCGAUUGGGCUGGGAAAAAUGACUUCUAUGCAAAGAUUGUCACAUUUCAUAGUGGGUAAUGAUGAUAAGCGGAGAAAGAAAGCCAAAUUGAACGAAUUGAAAGAUCUUGACCUCAGAGGUAGAUUGGCCAUUCAGAAUCUUGGUUCAGUAAGGGAAGUGGAGGAGGAGUCCAAGGAUGUUAAUUUGAGAACAAAGAGAAACAUCAUUUCGUUGAUGCUGAAUUGGGGAGACCAUUCAAAGAUGGAAAAAAAUGAUGCCAUGCAGUUACUGGAAAAUCUUCGCCCUCAUCAAAAUUUGAAGACACUAGAAAUAGAAAGUUACCCGGGGGUAUGCCUAUCCGAUUGGCUUUUGUCAUGUGCAAAUCUUGUUCAAUUAAAGUUUGUUAACGUCAAAAAUUGUCAACACUUGCCAGCGUUAGAAGGCUUUGUUUCUCUCAAGACUCUUCACAUAGAGCAGAUGGAUAAAUUGGAGUGCAUAUACUGUAAAGGAUGUUCCUCAUCAACCAACUUCUUCCCAUCUUUGGAGGAAUUAAAAAUUGACUCUUGUAGAAGUUUAAGGGGAUGGCAAAGGGACGCAAAUUUCCAAAAUACAAGAGAUAAUGAGUGGCAUGAUUCACUGCCUCCAUUUUCAUAUCUUUCAGUAUUGGACAUUCUCAAUUGCCCAAACUUAAGAUGCAUGCCUACUUUUCCAAAUCUCGUGAGGCAUUUGAAAUUAUUCAUCUCUAGCAUGAAGCCAUUGGUAGACACAUUAAGUGUGAGCACAAUUGGGCUGUCAACAUCACAUGAUAUGACCCCAUCUCUUUCCAUGCUCAAGUCUCUUCACAUUGGAUGGAUAGAAAUGGAAGCAUUACCAGAGGAAUGGAUGCAAAAUCUCUCCUCUCUUAAACAUCUCUCUAUUAUGGGAUUUUCAAGUCUAAAGAAGCCAUUUCUUCAUAUGCGAAAUCUAUCUGCCACACUUGAAAAAUUGAGUAUUUGCGAACUUGAUUCACAGUAUGUUGAUGAAGAUUAUAACAUGCAGUGCCAAGACCUUUGUUGCUUACAUUCUCUCCAAACAAUCGAAUUUUUUUGUUGUCGUCACCUCAAGGCUUUACCAAAGUGGAUUUGUGAUCUCCAGUCACUGCGAGUUAUAGACAUUUGGUUUUGUCCAAACUUGAAGUCAUUUCCAGCCGAUAUGUCUUGCCUCACUAAUUUACAAACACUACGGCUGGAUACAGAUUCUCUACUUUUAAAGGACAUGUGCGAGAAACGUAUAGGACCAGAGUGGCGAAAAAUUCGUUACAUCCCAAAUAUAUUGAUCGUCGGGCCUCAAAUCUAA